AUGCUUGAAGAUCUAGCAAUAACAAAUUAUGUUGCAUCACAUUCAGUGGAAAUUGAAUGUGAAGAAGGUAGGUUUGGCCUGGAUUGUCUUCAGCAAUGCCACUGUGCUCCAGAAACCUGUGAGAUACAGAGAGGAUUGUGCAAAGGACAGUGUCUUGAUGGCUGGAUAGAACCAUACUGUCAAAGAAUAUCACGCUAUGAAGUAGUAAGAGUAAAUCCAUACCAACCAUCUAUCAUCACGUGUUAUGUUGAGGGGAUCCCACUUCCCGAUGCCUCAUCAGUUGAUCUUCGUCGACGUAUCGACACCAACACUUACAACAUCACAGGAAUCACCAAGCGAUCAAGCUCUGUAUCAGGGUCAGAACGGGCUGUUGUCUUUGAUAUUGAAAGAGUUUAUCCACCAGAAGAUGGGGACUAUGUUUGUGGUCUCAUUGUAGACCAGUUCUACCCAACAAGCAUUACUAAUGUAACUUAUGUUCUUCCUGUCAUAAGUACGGCACCAUCUAUUGUCAGCACCACUUCAACUACAGUAUCUAUACAAUGGAAUGCCUGGUCUGCAGGAAAAGACAUAGGUGAUCCUCCCCUUAUAGGAUAUGAUGUAUUUGUAAGAAAAGGUGGCAACUGGGAAACGGAUCAGAGAGUAGGUCACUCUAGCACUUCAGCUACUGUUAGUAACUUGACUCCUGACACAGAAUACAGGUUUCGUGUUGCAGCCGUGAGGGAAGGAGAGGGUGGAACAGGUCCAUGGUCUCCAAGGAUUGAUGCAAUCACUCUUUGUACAGCACCAAUGUCUCCCCCAGCUGGAAUACAGGUGACAGCCAACAAUCCUAAAGAACUAGAAGUGACAUGGGAGUUCAUCUCUUUGGAAUCAGCAAAUUGCAGAAGUGGUGUGACCCAUUAUAUAAUUUACUAUGCUCUCUUUGGUUCAUCGUCCACAAACUCUCGCAUAGUUUCUAAUGAUACACGCUCCUAUACGAUAACAGGGUUAGAGACCUAUCUGGACUAUAUCAUUCAAAUAAGUGCUUCAAAUAAAGAUGAGGAAGGUGACAAGAGCAGGGAGACAACUGGCAAAACACAGGAAGAAGUUGCACCAGCUCCUAUCAACGUGGCCAUACCAAGAAGUACCGAAAGUUCUUUCACUGUGUCGUGGUCCACUCCUCUCCCACCGAACGUAAAUGGUCGUAUUCAGAUGUACAACAUUCGCUUCAAGCAAAGUGAUCAAGGAGAUGAUGAUGAUUAUAUCAUGGAAAAUGUGUUGACAGUUGCAUUUGAAGCAGAACAUACUGUGACGAAUCUUAUGUAUGGUGUUAACUAUACUGUUCAGGUCAAAACUGUAAAUGGAGCUGGUUCUAGUAAGUGGUCGUACCCAGUCAUAGCUAAGCCCAUCCUUUCUGGUCAUCACUGUAACGGGGCGCAAGUAGGCACUAUAAUUGCAGGUGUUUCAAUACCUCUAAUCAUCAUCAUCAUCUUCCUCAUCAUUCUCAAUGUUGUUACCUAUAGGAGGGCCAGGCUAAGACAUCCAGUCACCGAAUCGCCAAGAAAUACUGCACGUGAGCAAUCCCCAAAGUAUGAGAACCCUGUAUUUGAUGCGUCCACGUGCACCUGCAAUAAUGUGGAUAAACACACAUACCAAGAUCUCGAUAUCGACACCAGGGACUACCAGAACCUUACUGACCCCCAUAUAUAUCAAGGGCUUAAGAAAACCAGCAUCGAUACCUCGCAUCAGAGUGUCAACCAACCAGAGCCGGAAAUCACUUAUGAAUACAUUUAGAAUUGACUCCAAUGCACAGUUCCACUACCGAAUUACAGAAUGAAGCAAGUGCCAGAAGUGAUGUGCGUGUAUAUCUUCGUGUGUUGGUUGGAGGAUGCGUCUGUGUGUGUGUGUGUGUAAGAAAGUAAUAACAGAAUAUCAGUGUCAAUAAUUAAUAUAUGGGUGAGUAGGGGUAUGAAGAAUGAGGGUGUGUGUGAGUAUGGUAUGAAAAAUUAAUAUAAGGGUGUGAGUAUGGUGAACAUAACUAAUAUGAGGGUGUGGGUGUGUAUCAGUGUGAAGAAUGAAUAUGAGGGUGUGGGUAUAUAAGUAUAUCAGUGAAGAAUGAAUAUGAGGGUGUGGGUGAGCAGAAUGAAUAUGGGGGGUGUGGGUGAGCAUGGGUGUGUAUAAUAAAUAUAUCAGAUUAUGGGUGAGUAUGGUGAAUAUAAUUAAUACGAGGGUGUGGGUGGGGAAGGUGAUAAGAAUAAAUAUAAGGGUGUUGGUGAGUAUGGAUGUGAAGAAUGAGGGUGUGUGUGAAUAUAGUAUGAAGAAUGAAUAUGAGGGUGUAAAUGAUUAUGUGGGUGAGUAUAGGCGUGACUAAUUGAUAUAAGGAUGUGGGUGGGUAUCGUCUGGAAGUACAAACUGAGGGAGUGGGUGUGUAGUGAUAUGAAGAAUGAAUACUGUGUGAUAAAAAAUAUGAGGAUGUGGGUGAGUGUGUGGUGUGAAAAAACAAUAUCACUGUGAAGAUACUAUGAGAGAGUGUGUGAGAUUGGGGUGAGAUUAUGCGAAGCAUAAAUACGAGAGUGUGUGAGUACGGGUGUGAUAAGAGCAUUAUUUUGAUCUGGUUAGUAUGGGUGUGAAGAUGUAAUAGGAAAAUCUUAUUGAGAAAUUAAAAUUAAUGAAUGUCUUUAAUGAGAAAGGGAGAAGAACAUUUAGAUUUGAAAUAAAGUUGUUCGUGACUGAUUUACAGUGUAAGGUAUUUCUACUAAGUUUGUAAUCUUUGUUUAAUUGUUCUAAUAAGUAUGUGUAUGAAAAAUAUAUGUAUAGUUUGCAUUCAUAUAUAUAUAUUCAAUGAUUAUGUAGCAAUAUUCAUGUUUGAAAGAGAAAAACAAAAUACUAUUUAAAACCCAACUAUAACAGUAUAAGGGGUGAGAGGGGGGCACUUUAUCGGUAUUCAAGAAUGGGUCUUGAAGUGAAUAUGGGAGAAAAUAUGUGACCCACCAUCACCCCAAAAACCAAGGAAGGAUCUUUAAAAAUAGCUAUAACAGUUAUGAAUUUAGUCGGC